AUGAGAAAAUGUAACGCCCUGAUAAGGUCAAACACCCGGAAACUCGACCGUGACAUAUCCCAGUUAAAGGCAAUUGAAAUAAAAACGAGACAGUUCAUCGUCGCCGCGUCCAAGAGAGCGCAACGGAACCCUUCCCAGGCAGCACAGGCAGCGAAGGAAACACGGAUAUUCGCGAGGGAGCUGAUCCGGAUCAGAAAGCAGAACGCCCGUUUGACGACGAGUAAGGCACAGCUAGAGAGUGUGAAGAUGCAGGUCAACGAAGCAUUCUCGGUCAGAAAGAUCGAAGGGAGUCUCAAGGCCUCAACAAGUAUUAUGAAGGACGUGAAUACCCUCGUCCGGUUGCCGGAGCUGACAGGCACCAUGCGGCAGCUGAGUCUGGAGCUAGUCAAAGCCGGCAUCAUCGAGGAGACCAUAGACGAGGCCAUGCCAGAGGGCGAACUGUUCGAGGGCGAGGAAGAGGAGGCCGAUAGCGAGGUCGAUAAGGUCCUACAGGAGGUUCUACAGGGAAGGCUGGCUGCAUCGGGCGGCAUCAAACCGGAAGAGGUCCUCCAGGAGGAAGAACAGGUCGCCGAAGACUUCGAAGACCAAGAGGCUACUCUCGAGCAAAUGAGGGGGAGGCUAGAAGCCCUCAAGAGCUAG